GUGAGGGAUGGUUUCUUUUACCUUUCCUCUUUUAGCUGCUACAAUUCUAUAACUUCUAAUUAAAGAUUUUUUCUUUUGAGAGUUAAAAAGAGAAAAGAAAAGAAAGUUUAGUUAUAAGCUUAAGCUUGAAGGCACAAAAAUAUUGAUGAUAUAAAGUAACCAUGGUUAAAGGGUUUAUAGAGUCCGGAAAACCCGGAAGGCUAACCACAGUUUGUUUUUAGAGUUAGGGUGGGGGGAUUGCUAUAUAACCAGAGAAGGAUGGCAGAGCAGCCAUCACUCACUUCAGAAAAGCUUACAUGUUUACUUUCUGUUAAAACCCAGUUUUCUUUUCCUUAUGCUUCACUGAUCCCAUGAAAAUUUGUCCUCUUUUUGUGUCAUAUAUAUCUGCAAGAGAGUGACAUCAUUUAUAUCCUUAACUAGUUCAUAUAAUCAUUUGUUCGAAUAAACUUAGCUUAAUCUUGAUAUAAAAGAAUGGGUCUCUCAAGUCUCCCAGCCCCAUCAGAAGGAGUGCUAUGUGUACUCUUGGUAAACACAGCUUUAUCCAUAUCUAUGGUUAAAGGCAUAAUUCGAUCAAUCCUUCACAUUAUCGGUAUCCAUCUCUCCUCGUCCUCGUCCUCGUCCUCCUCCUCCUCCUCGUCAUCAUCAUCAUCAUCAUCAUCGCCAUCCUCGGAUCUUAUUGAAAUCCCUGCGGUAUCAUUCGACAUCAGCAUCGGUAAUGCUGAUAGUUACAUUAAAGAGUUCCGGAGCAGGAUGCCAUCGACCCGGUACGAUGCGGUAUGUAGCGGCAGUCAACCGGAGCAUGACUGUUCAGUUUGCCUGACUAGGAACGCUCUGCUGCCCGAAGACGAUCCGGCCUACUUUUGGUGAGCGUGCGGAGAUUUUCGAAUUUUCCAUGUACAGCGCGUUUAUUGUACAGGUAUUUUAAAUGAAACGAUGCCGCCCUCGGAUUAGCGUUAAGCGGAGUGGGGUUAUUACCCGCGAGAUGUGGUGAUGUUUUUGUUACUGAAUGUACAUAUACUUUUUUCAGGGUUUCUGAAGUUGUAUGCUCAUCUCACUUAUGUUCGGUUCAUCCAGAUUUUGUUAUGUCUCCUGUUUUCGAUUAGUGGAAUCAAAAUCUGCUGACAGACAGGAUUACUGCCUUGUAAUGGCUGUAGCUGUUGUUGUGUAAUAUGAUAAUGUCAGGUUUCUGAUGUUAUUUUUUUAUGGUAUCUCUUGCAAUUUAUGUUUUAUAUGGUGUUAUGAAGUGGAAAAAAAGGUUGAGCUGAGCUAUCACUCAUAUUAACACUUGAGAAAAAACAGUUAUGUCACACGUUUGGUACAACCCACUUUCAUGCCUAAUUUUGGGCAGUGGAAAGAGCCUGAAGAGAUGUUUGGUCUUUCAGGCAUAAAAAACUACCUUUUAUCAACUCUUAGCCCUUGCCUUCCAUCUCCAAA